CCGGGUAUAAAAAGAUCCAUUUGUUCGGGACAAUGUAUCAUUUUCUUUUGGAUUCUAUAGCCGCUAGGAGAUAGACAAUUAUCAGAAUGAAACUUUUCAUCGCUCUGUUCGCUUUGGUUGCUGUGGCGUCGGCUGAUGUCAGUCAUCUGUCCAGCAAAUACUUGCCUCCCCAUGAGGGCCAUGCUUCGGCACCAGCUCCCUCAUACUCGGCACCAGCUCCAGCUCCUUCAUACUCGGCUCCAGCUCCUUCCUACUCGGCUCCAGCCCCACAAGCCUCGGCCCCAGCUCCUUCGUUCUCGGCUCCAGCUCCUUCCUAUUCGGCCCCAGCUCCUUCCUUCUCGGCUCCAGCCCCACAAGCCUCGGCUCCAGCUCCAUCUUUCUCGGCUCCCGCCCCAGCCCCUGUCUUCUCGGCCCCAGCACCACAAGCCUCGGCUCCAGCUCCUUCUUACUCGGCUCCUGUAGAAUCCUACUCCGCUCCUGCCGCUGAAGCCUCGGCUCCAGCUCACACCUACUCCGAUGCUGAAGGUUACCGUUACAAGACCAACCGUCGCGUUGUCUACCGUCAUCGCCAUCGUCGUGGUGUAAACACUGAAUACUUGCCCCCUGUACAAGGUGCUGCCUCUGCCCCAACCGCCGAAUACUUGCCUCCAGCUGCUUCGGCUCCAGCUCCAGUUUACUCAGCCCCAGCUCCUUCAUACUCUGCCCCAGCUCCAGUUUACUCAGCCCCAGCUCCUUCAUACUCUGCCCCAGCUCCUUCUUACUCGGCUCCAGCUCCUGCAUACUCUGCCCCAGCUCCCUCAUACGCUGCCCCAGCUGCUGCCGCAGAAUCCUAUGAAGUUGCUGCUUCUGCCCCCGACACCGAUUUCUCUUCCGCUGAUGGUUAUCGUUACAAGACUGCUCGUCGUCGCAAACUCUUCAUAGCGCUGUUUGCUCUGGUGGUUUUUGCCAGUGCUGAUGUCAGUCAUUUGUCCAGCAAAUACUUGCCUCCCCAUGAGGGUCAUGCCUCGGCGCCUGUAGAGAGCUAUGCGGCUCCAGCACCUGCUGCUUCGUAUUCAGCUCCUGUUGAAACGUAUUCUGCUUCAGCUCCUGCUGUUUCAUACUCUGCCCCAGCUGCUGUUGAAGCUGUAUCUUAUUCGGCCCCAGCUGCAGCCGUCUCCUACGCGGCUCCAGCUGCUACUGGUGCUUCUUAUGCGGCUGAAGCUUCUGCUCCUGCCCACAGCUACUCCGAUGCUGAAGGUUAUCGUUACAAGACCAAUCGUCGCGUAGUCUAUCGUCGCCAUCGUCGUGAUGUGAACACCGAAUACUUGCCACCUGUACAAGGUGCUGCUUCCGCUCCAACCAGCGAAUAUUUGCCACCAGCUGCUUCGGCCCCGGCUCCUUCCUACUCGGCCCCAGCUCCUUCCUACUCGGCCCCAGCUGCUUCCUACUCUGCACCAGCUGUUUCCUACUCAGCACCAGCUGCUGUUGCCACCCAAUCUUACGAAGCCGCAGCCUCUUCACCCGGUACCGAUUUCUCUUCUGCCGAGGGCUAUCGUUACAAGACCAAUCGUCGUGUUGUCUACCGCCACCGUCAUCGUCGUGAUGUGAACACUGAAUACUUGCCCCCUGUACAAGGUGCUGCCUCUGCUCCAACCAGUGAAUACUUGCCUCCAGCUGCUUCGGCCCCAGCUCCUGCCUACUCGGCCCCAGCUCCUGCCUACUCGGCCCCAGCUCCUGCCUACUCGGCCCCAGCUCCUUCCUAUUCAGCUCCUGCUGUUGUUGCCACCCAAUCUUAUGAAGCUGCUGCCUCUGCUCCAGGCACCGAUUUCUCCUCUGCCGAGGGCUAUCGUUACAAGACCAAUCGUCGCGUUGUCUACCGUCACCGUCAUCGUCGUGAUGUGAACACUGAAUACUUGCCCCCUGUACAAGGUGCUGCCUCUGCUCCAACCAGUGAAUACUUGCCUCCAGCUGCCUCAGCUCCAGCUCCCUCUUACUCUGCCCCAGCUCCCGCAUACUCUGCUCCAGCUCCCGCAUACUCUGCUCCUGCUGCCUCUGAAUCCUAUGACGUAGCUGCUUCUGCUCCAGGUACCGAUUUCUCCUCGGCUGAUGGCUAUCGUUACAAAACAGCCCGUCGUCGCGUCUACCGUGCCCGUCGUCGUUUCUAA